AUGCAUUUUCGUUUCCCCUUUUUCCCCAGUUUCCACAUUUAUAGAUACUAUUCUUCCCCAUUUUUUCUUAAAAUCGCGUAUUCACUUCUAAGAAUGUCCGCUCUCAUUCGUUCUGCGCCUAAAGCUGCUGCUGCUUCUCGUAUCUUCCUCCGUGGAGCUGCUACUCGUACUGAGUCCGAUUUGCUCGGAGAGCUCCAGGUCCCUGCUGACCACUACUACGGAGUCCAGACCAUGCGUGGUUACCUGAGCUACGAUAUUACGGGAAAGAGACUUUAUGACUUCCCCAACUACAUCAAGGCUUACGGUAUGGUGAAGAAGGCUGCUAUCACCGCCAACAACCGCCUCGGUCUCGUUCCUGAUGACAAGGCCAACGCCGUCAAGCAGGCUUGCGAUGAAGUCAUUUCUGGAAAGUGGAACUCUGAGUUCAUCGUGGAUAUGAUUCAGGGAGGUGCUGGUACUUCUACCAACAUGAACACCAACGAGGUGAUCACCAACCGCGCUCUGGAGAUCAUGGGUCAUCCUCGUGGAGACUACGAGUUCAUCAGCCCCAACGAUAUCGUGAACAAGUGCCAGUCCACGAACGAUACCUAUCCUAGCUCUGCUAAGCUGGGUAUGUACCUGGACCACUUCGCCAUGGUGGAGCAGAUGCAGCUCCUGGUCGAUUCCUUCGCCAAGAAGGCUGAGGAGUUCAAGGACGUGAUGAAGAUGGGUCGUACCCAGCUUCAGGAUGGAGUGCCCAUGACUCUGGGACAGGAGUUCCAUGCCUACUCCACCACCCUUCAGGAGGAUGUGGAUCUGGUCAAGGAGGCCGCCAAGGUGUUCCUGACUGUGAACCUCGGAGGUACUGCCAUUGGUACCGGAACUGCUGCUCACCCCGACUACUCUGCUGCCGCUGUGAAGGCUCUGCGUGAGAUCACCGGUUUCGAUAUUAAGAUCGCUCCCGAUCUGAUCAACGCUUCCUCCAACACCUCCGGUAUGCUCUACUUCUCUGGAGUGCUCCGCCGCUGCGCCGUGAAGCUGUCCCAGAUCUGCAACGAUCUGCGUCUGCUGGCUUCUGGACCUCGCUGCGGUCUCCAUGAGAUCAACCUGCCUCCUCGCGCUCCUGGUAGCUCGAUCAUGCCCGGCAAGGUGAACCCUGUGAUUCCCGAAGUGGUGAACCAGACCUGCUUCCAGAUCAUCGGAGGUGAUCUGACCUGCUCGCUCGCCUCGGAGGCUGGUCAGCUGGAGCUGAACGUGAUGGAGCCCGUGCUCAUCUACAACCUGUUCAACAACAUCAACAUGUUCACUCGCGCCACCAAGACUCUGCGCACUCUCUGCGUCGAUGGCAUUACUGCUGAUAAGGCUCAGUGCGAGAAGCUGCUGAACAACUCCAUCGGUAUUGUCACCGGUCUGCUGCCCUACAUUGGCUACAAGAAGUGCUCGACUGCCGCCAAGAUCGCCAACCAGACUGGAAAGUCUGUGAAGGACGUGCUGGUGGAGCAGGGCUUCUGCACCAAGCAGGAGGUCGAGGAGCUGCUGGUCCCUGAGAAGAUGACCAAGCCCAACUACAUUACCAAGAAGCACUAAAUAAUGAGUUUCGAUGGGAAUAAAGAACACAAAGAUCCAAUCAUAGUUAUAUUUUUUAAGCA